UUAUAAUAACAGGGGAAAUGUUACAGCUUCUCAGCGCCUAACACAUGCCGAUCUGAUCGUAACCCUUUCUUGUUUCAGAGGAAAAAAAUGGAUCGAGUGGUUACCCUUUCCUUUCUCUUCACUGUAGCGAUGUGCACAGUAAGCGCUGCCAAGACAGGCUCACAAGAAAAACCAGAUUUACCCAGCCUCACUGAGCUCCAGGAACUUACCAAGCACUGGCCUAACAUACGUUAUGUGGAUGAACCGUUCCACAUCAGACCGAAUCUAUUGUCGUUGUUUCAGAGCCAAUAUUAUAAGCCUGGCCUGAGCGAAACAUGGCGACUCUCUGACAUUCUUGAAAACGCAAUGGACAAACGUUCAGAAGGGAACAGAGAGAAAAAAGAGCGCGAAUUGGCAUACCUGUUGCAUAACCUUAUUUUAGAGCUAGAUUCGGAUGAAGCCAAAAACCUAUCCGGAACGCGGAGGUUUAAAUCUGUUUCCGGGGAAUCAUCAGGGGAGAUGACUCGAGGUCCAGUUGUUGAAGCUGGUUCGAAAAGAAAGUACGGGAACAUAUUUCAUGGACCCCUGGAAACCAAAGCAAGAACGGCCCCAAGGCCUAGACGGCAGAGAAAGUUCCGCAUCGAUCCCGUAAUGUUUUGGAUGGGCAUUGGAAAAUAAGGUUUCCUCAAGGUGUGAACAAUUUUGGCUUCAUCCAGUGAAUUUCGUUGUAGUAACUCUUCGUUGCCAGUGUAUUUUGAUGAACAGUGUGAAACCUUUGGAAACCUAGCUUUCAGAACAAGUAAGGUGAUUUCUACACUCUGUGCCAUAUGGGGAGUGGCCACUGUAGCCUACCUGGAAAUGACUCAUUAAAAUGGAGAUGUUUAUUUGUAUCACAUUCCACUGACAUGAUGUGACGGAUGAUAUUUCUUACCUUAAUACUUUGUUCAGGUUCAUCCAAUCAAGAAUCUGCAUGGAUAUAAAUGCCAUCUUAGUUUUAACUACGUUCUUUAUGUGUACAGGGCGAAAGUGGACCUGAUACGGAUGUAUUACGGAUGGCUGUAACAAAAGGCACAAAAUUCAAGCUUGAGAAAAUAUCACAUAGGCGUGUGAACAGUUGUCCAUUUGAGUGCAUAAAAACUUCUUUAUUUAAAUGUGGGCACCAAAAUCUUAAAUUUUGUCUACUAAUGCGAUGUGUUGUUUGGAUCAGUGUUUGUUUAUCUCAUCUCUUUAUCAUACAAUUAUUAUAUUUACUCUAUGAACUUUCCCGAAAUAGUAGUAUAAAAAAAUUGGA